CAGACCCGGGAGGGGGGGGGAUGAGUGACAUCGUGGGGGACAGGAAGCCACGAACAAGAUUUUGGACUGCUUUCAAGUUCGUGGUUAUCCAAGAAGGACACUGCAGAUAAGAAAAUGAUGUAAUAGUUUGGCCCUCAGAUCAAAGAAGCCUCAUUAAGUAAAGCUGAAUGAAAACGGGCUGCUUUGGUGGAAGGUGGCAAUCUGCAGAGGGACGAAGCCUAGUGCUUUGCCAUUCUCCUGGUGUCCAAGUCCGUCCUGCCACUCUCUUGCUGCUGUGUUUGAGACUCUCUGUGGUCUCCAGAAUUUUGAAGAACUGCAUGACUUGGCCAGCCUAUUCUAGGACCUAGCAGAAAGUCAACACAGUUCCCAGCCUGAAUCGGACAGUUACUUCCAGAAGAAAAGGAAGACCUAUGACAUCCCUGGAGAGUUUGUACCUGUGACAUCCCUGCAGAGUUUGUACCUAUGACAUCCCUGGAGAGUUACUUGCUGCAUACUUCCCUCAGGCCCUGCAGGCAAUAAAGGGCUAUCUGUCCAGGUCCUCUUUGCACUGGACACCUGCAGUUCACCUCUUAUGCACUCCAGCACCCCCAUCAGCUCCCUCUUCUCCUUCACCAGCCCGGCAGUGAAGAGACUGCUAGGCUGGAAGCAAGGAGAUGAAGAGGAAAAGUGGGCAGAGAAGGCAGUAGACUCUUUAGUAAAGAAAUUAAAGAAGAAGAAAGGAGCCAUGGAUGAGCUGGAGAGGGCCCUCAGCUGCCCGGGGCAGCCCAGCAAAUGCGUUACAAUUCCCAGGUCCCUGGAUGGGCGGCUGCAGGUGUCCCACCGCAAGGGGUUGCCCCACGUCAUUUACUGCCGAGUGUGGCGCUGGCCUGAUCUCCAGUCUCACCACGAGUUGAAGCCGCUGGAGUGCUGUGAGUUCCCAUUCGGAUCCAAGCAGAAAGAGGUGUGCAUUAACCCCUACCACUAUCGCCGGGUGGAGACUCCAGUGCUGCCUCCGGUGCUCGUGCCAAGACACAGUGAAUAUAACCCCCAGCUCAGCCUCCUGGCCAAGUUCCGCAGUGCCUCCCUCCACAGCGAGCCUCUCAUGCCACACAAUGCCACCUAUCCCGACUCCUUCCAGCAGCCUCCGUGCCCUGCGUUCCCUCCCUCGCCUGGGCACGUGUUCUCACAGUCCCCGUGCACCGCCGGCUACCCUCACUCCCCAGGAAGCCCCUCCGAGCCAGAGAGCCCCUAUCAACACUCAGCUGACACACCACCCCCGCCUUAUCAUGCCACAGAAGCCCCAGGGACCCAGAAUGGCCGACCUGUAGAUGCCACAGCUGAUAGUCAUUUAGUGCUGUCAGUGCCUAAUGGAGACUUUCGACCAGUUUGCUACGAGGAACCACAGCACUGGUGCUCUGUUGCGUACUAUGAACUGAACAACCGAGUUGGGGAGACGUUCCAGGCCUCCUCCCGAAGCGUGCUUAUAGAUGGAUUCACAGACCCUUCAAAUAACAGGAACAGAUUCUGUCUUGGACUUCUUUCUAACGUAAACAGAAACUCAACAAUAGAAAACACCAGGAGACACAUAGGAAAGGGCGUGCAUUUAUACUAUGUUGGGGGAGAGGUGUAUGCCGAGUGUGUGAGUGACAGCAGCAUCUUCGUGCAGAGCCGGAACUGCAACUAUCAGCAUGGCUUCCACCCAGCCACCGUCUGCAAGAUCCCCAGUGGCUGCAGUCUCAAGAUCUUCAACAACCAGCUCUUUGCUCAGCUGCUGGCUCAGUCAGUUCACCACGGAUUUGAAGUCGUCUAUGAGUUAACUAAGAUGUGCACUAUCCGGAUGAGCUUUGUUAAGGGCUGGGGAGCUGAGUAUCAUCGCCAAGAUGUCACAAGCACCCCCUGCUGGAUUGAGAUUCAUCUUCAUGGACCACUGCAGUGGUUGGACAAAGUUCUGACUCAGAUGGGCUCUCCACAUAACCCGAUCUCUUCGGUGUCUUAACAGUCAGUCAUGACUUCAUCGACAUUUCUAGAGCAUAGAUGCUAUUGCAGGCAGUGGCUUACACCAUUUCAGAUUUGCAACUAACUGAAGUUUCCAAGUACAUAUGUAAAUACAUAUAAUAUAUACUAUUCAUAUUUUUUAUCACCAGUUGUUUUGUGCUUUCUAGUUAAACCUGAUGCCAGUACAACAUGAUUAGAAAAGCAGGUUUUUCGUGCCUGUGCUAUAAUAAUAGGAAGCAGCUUCUUUUGUGGGCUGGGUGGUAACAAAUGAAGGCAACUGUGUCAAUAGUAUUUGAAAAGUGCUGGCAGAAUAAAAGACAGCUUUAGUCAGCCGUGUCAUUAUAAGGCAUGUUGGGUGGCCUACCAGAAAAAUAUCAAAACUGUUUAUAUAUUAAGAGUCAGGGUACUAGCAGCACUAGAGAAAUAACACUUUCAGACAAAAGAAAGCAGUCAAACCCGUAUAAUUUAAACAAUCUCACUUUUAGUGUUAUCGGCAAGGAAAAAAAAAAAAAACAGACCAAGCUUGUAAAUCAGUUAUGUAAGAUAAAUCACAUAAAUUAUUUUAUUUCUCAAGUUGAAAUACCUAUAGCUGGAUGAUUGUGCUGCUAUUAAUGGUACAUUUGAAACAAAUUGAAACUGUGAUUGGAAAAGAAACUGUGAAGCUGGGAGCCACGUUGCCUCAUAAUCUACCACUGAAAAAAAUCCAGAAUGAGUCUAAUGCAUGGAAAGGUUAAUAUGAAAAUAGCAAGAAUUGAGCAUUAUUCCCAAACUGCAAAACAAGACCAGAACUUAGUCCAAGAAUCAGCCAGGGAGGCACUUGCUCUCCAUGUAGGGAAUCAGGUCCCUGAAUUUUCCUGGUUUCUCAAGUCAGGCAGCCUGGCCGCCUUUGGAGUCCACACAGUGAGCUAGAGGACCAUGUGUGCAAAUCCUGAGUGGAGAAGAAGCAGUAAAAUAAGAGGGUUGGACAAAAGCAUCCUCUGUUUACUUACACCUUCUCAUAUUCCCAUUAAAAGGCUCAUGGCGAGGGCAGUCCUUUUGCCGCAUUUUCCCUACACGUUGGCAGAUACUAUUUACAGAUGACUAAAACAGUGGUGAAGCCUUUGAGAAAAUCUGGACACAUUGCUGGGAUGAAGUUUAUGAGUUAUUUAACUUAGUGUCUCGAUCUGCUGGUCACAUCUGGUAGCCUCUUACAAAGCUGAAACCUCAUACCUGGAAAUAACUUCACAAAUAGAAUGAUAACUUCAUAAUCCUUAUAAUCUCUGGGGAACAGCGGUACCGAAGAGUGGGACGCUUAAAAUAUAUAUACGGUAUUAAAAGCCCAUUCUUAGUUACUCUUGGAUGGUAAAGAGAGGAAAAUUCCCCACAUUUCUAGGUACUUUCAUAUAUAUAUAUAUAUAUAUAUAUAUAUAUAUAUAUAUAUAUAUAUACAAUUCCCAUCCCACCCACUAAACACUGCACUGCUUCGAAAAAUAUUUCACACCCUCUUAAAAAUGUAUAAUUUAAGAAGGUAAUUAUGCUUGUAACAGACGGUACUUCAGUAAUCCAAGAGGCUUCUUCAUUUAUACAUUCUAUCUCAAGUCUUUUUAGCAUUAGCACACAGUAGUUGCUUAUCAUUAAAUUGUAUUCAAGGUAGAAAUGAUCCUGUGAAAAAGAUACGAGUGAGUUCCUACUGUCACCUCUUGUAAGCACUAGUGUUAUCUAAUAGAAACUUUCAUAUAUGCAACAGAAAAUAGUACAUUCUACGUUAAAAUUAGGUGGUCCAUUUAGUGUUUAGAAAACCCUGUAGUUCAUUGGUUCAUCACCUAUGUAUUGUGCACCUGUAUGUGCUGGGUACAGUGUUAGGUACUGUGGAAUCCAGUGUAAACCAGAGACAGCCCCAGACUCUGGAGCUGAGAGUCUAUUAGGAAACCUGUGUAGACAUCUUCAUGUAUUUUCACUUUUAAAACAAAACAAAACCUGCGAUCGUUUUUUUUUUUCUUUUUGCUUAAAAAAAAUACAACUGAUGAUUUCUUAAUUAUCUCUACUUUGAAACUUACUUUCCUUCUCUUCUGAGCAAUCAGGUAAGGGGUGAAGUCUUCCUGGGAUAAAUGCUACUUUUCUUCAGUGCUUCGAAGUUGUUUGUUUUCUCUUACUUCCCUAUUUUCCAGUUUUCCCCCAUUUCUUUCCUUAGAAGAGGCAUUAAUAUGGUGAGUCUUCCUCAUAUGAGUACUGUUCCAUGAGAUUUUGGUACACAUGGAUUUUGCUCCAGACAUUUAACAUAACUUUCUUGAUCUCUUCACAAGUGCUCAAACUCAUCCUCUGGUAACCUUAUACCUUUGCAGAAUUAAUCGUAACCGGUUGCUUAUAAGUUACAUUUAAAAAAAAUAAACAAACCUGGAUUUUCAUGCAGCUUUGGGAAACCAGGAUGAAAUACUCCACAGAGCCUGUGUUAUUCCUUUGAAGAAAACACUUGAUUAAAGUGGUACAUUUGCAUCAUCACCAGUCAUGUCUCACCAAAAGCCCGUAUUAGGAUGCGAGUGAAAUGCAGAAGAGUUAACCCUUCAGUCGCUCUGACAGUCACAUUCUCAUUGGCCUUUUAAUGUUUCUGUUGGCAACAGUUAGCCAAAGUUGUAAUGCAUCUGUAAUGCAUCGUUUGCUUUCAGACUUCCACGUUUGCUAUUUAGCAUUUGUCCCUUGAGAUGGACAAUCCAGAAAAAAUUUAAGAGCAUUCUUUCAGAGGAUAACUCACAAAGUGGACAUGCUAAGCCAUUUUAAGACGUAGCAAUGCCAAACAUAUUUAAGGUUGCCAUGGACAAGGGUCGUGCAUUAGAGAACAACAACGAUGUGGCCUGCUCUUAAGACCCAGAACAUUUGUUGUGUUGUUCAAGCCCAUUGUUUCUGGGUUUUUUUUUUCCUGUUAAAAAAUUGAGAUGUGAGAAGUUUGUUUUAGUUAGAUGAUAUUUUACUAUAUGCCAGUGCUUUGGAAGUAUAAAGAUAACCACUUUUCAACAUAUUUACCUUUUUUUUUUUUUAACACUCUGUAUAAAUCAGGAAAAGUUGAACAACAACCUAGCACUGGCACUCAGAAUCCCCUUUUCAUUGUCUUCUAAGGGAUUAGGAGCAACAACAAAAGUUUCUUAUAAAUAUCACCUGCUAGACUUUAAGCACCUGCUUAACUUUGAAUGUGUCCCUGAUACUUGGCAUAUAUAUUCAACAACUAAAGAAAAAAAUAAUAUACAUUCCAAAUUUGUCUUCCCCGUUACGAUUUAGCAGUUGAACUGUAUGACAAGACUAGGGGAUCCUGGCAUAAUCUAUAUUAAGUUCAAAUUAAUGUAACACAAACCAACAAAAAAAGGAACUAUUUCUAUUUAAGUAAUGCUUUUGAUCAUAAUAUCUAGGCUCCAGUUAUCCUUCAAAUGCACACUUAUACUGUUACCUGAUUGUUUAUAAUAAACACUACUGUACCUAUA